AUGUCGGGCUCUCAAAGCAAAAGUUGGAUUCUCACCGCCUCGGUGAUAUUUCAUUUCCAGAUAUUGACCAUUUCCUUGCAGUGUGAUGGCCAGCAGCCCGAGUGUGGCCGCUGUAAAGGCUACGGGUUUACCUGCACCUGGCUGAGCUCUCGGAAACGCAACCAUAAUACUAGUACAGGUGGAAGAGCACAGCGUGCUGAAACAGAUGUCGAGCAUGAUGGGCAUAGGGCUUGCUCGUAUAUUGUCAAGUCCUACGAGGCCUUGAUCCGAAGCUUUCAGUCAAAGCUGGAUCAAGGGGACCAGGUGGCACUGGACCUCACAUUGACCAGCAUUCGACAACGCUUACCAGACGAGCUCGGCGAUCAGGCACAGCGCGUGGAGAGUAGCGAGCAGCCUGAAAGUCCUUCUGAAGAACGGUCACCAACCUAUGUCGGACGGGCCAGUGACUUGUAUUUCUUUAAGACUAUCGAGAGCUGUAUGGGCGGAGAUGAUUUAAGCAAACAAUACUAUGAUCAAACAGAUAUCCCCGAAAACACCACAAUUCUUGGACGGCCUUUACUUUGUACUUCACAGGAGGAGGGUUCCAGAUAUCUUGAUAUUUAUUUCUCUACUAUUCAGAUGUUGACUGCUUUAGAUUUCAUCUUUGCUAUCGGUUCCUACUAUUUAUCUUUUCCUCACGAUGACCAUCCAAGCUCGCAAUCACAUUUUCAGUAUUUCGAGCAAGCCGUGUAUUUUUCAAACGAAUUAAUGGCUCAAUGCAGUCUGGUCAAUGUUUGGGCUUCUUUACUGCGAUGUUUCUUUUUGUUGGCUAUUUGCCAGACGGAUCGGUGUUGGAAUACUCUUGGCUUCGCUGUCCGCAUGGGACAGAGUAUCGGCCUUCACGUGGAAACCUCGCCACCGCGUCGAGGACUUUCAGUUUCAAUUGAUACAGAAUGCGAGCUCAGGCGGCGAACAUGGUAUUCCAUGUAUGUGCUUGAUCGUCUUCUUGCCCUACAGCUUGGACGACCAAUGGCUAUUCGUCAAGCAGACUUUCAUGUCGCUCUGCCCUCUCGCGAGAACAUGGAUGCUGACUCUGAUGAUAACAUGGUGGGGAACUUGAUAAUGGACUAUUUCCUCCAUGUUAUACAAUUUUCCAGCAUUGUCGAGGAUGUGAUUCAGGAGCUGUACCAGCCGAUACAGCCGGAGAUAUCUGCUGAUCAGCUCCUCUUGAAUGCUUCCGCCAUCGACUCUUCUCUUCUCAGAUGGAGAUCCAGUCUUCCCCAUCAUCUUCGUUUUGAUCUGGGUCACACAUUCGAAAGGUCGGUUGUGUUCCAGCGACAGCGAAACAUGCUCGCGGUCAAAUUUCACCACCUUCGUGCUCUGAUACACAGACCGUUUCUUGCCCUACCCAGACUCCCGCACCACAGUGAUGCAUUCAUGGCCUCAUUGCGUAGUUAUAGGACAGAAAUACAGGAAGCCGAAAAAAAGUGCAUAUCUGCUGCGCAGCAAACAGCACGUUUACUGCACAAUGUCGCAGAUGAACGCAGCCUUGUUCAAGACUUUCCAUGGUGGCAGAUGAUCUCCUGUCUGAUCUGUGCGGGCUCUAUAUUAUUUGUUGCUGACGUGUUUUGCGAUGCCAACGAGAGAUCCAAUGAGUUCUCUGGAUAUUUGAAUGAAGAUGCAAAUACAUGUUUAAAGGUCUUUCAAGCUCUGAGUGUCCAGUCGCCCGCCGCAAAACAGGCAGUCGGCAUGUUGCAAAACCUAGCGCAUCUGAGAUCUGUUUCAGGAGUGACUCCUCGCGCUCCCGAUUCGUCCAUCCCUCUUGGGACGCAUACAGAAGCUCUCUCCGCUAUGUCUAUGGGAUCUCUAGCCCUUGAUUUCCCACCCGAUAGCUUGGCGGACCUGGAUUUUGAAUGGCCGAGUGAAAUUUCCAAUAGCAUGGAAUGGUCAAUCCAGGUUCUGGACAAGGCCAACAACGUUGUAAAUCCUCGUGCCGACAAGUAG